UUCCCUUCCCGCCCCCCUCCUCUCCCUGCCUAUCUUCCCACCCCCACCCCCAUCCCCGGCAGGGAGGGCUCCGGGGAAGGUAGCGCCGAGCUCUCGGAAGUAUCCACGGUGUCAUGUCCAACCAAGGGGCCCGGAGGAACGGGCCCGUCAAGCUACGACUGACAGUUCUAUGUGCAAAAAACUUGGUGAAAAAAGAUUUUUUCCGGCUUCCUGAUCCAUUUGCUAAAGUGGUGGUUGACGGAUCUGGCCAGUGCCAUUCUACAGAUACUGUGAAGAAUACCCUUGAUCCAAAGUGGAAUCAGCAUUAUGACUUAUAUAUUGGGAAGUCAGAUUCGAUAACGAUCAGUGUAUGGAACCACAAGAAAAUCCAUAAAAAACAAGGAGCUGGUUUUCUAGGUUGUGUGAGACUUCUUUCCAACGCUAUCAACCGCCUUAAAGACACUGGUUAUCAGAGGUUGGAUCUGUGCAAACUUGGGCCAAAUGACAAUGAUACUGUUAGAGGACAGAUAGUAGUAAGUCUUCAAUCCAGAGACCGCAUAGGCACAGGAGGGCAAGUUGUGGAUUGCAGUAGACUAUUUGACAAUGAUUUACCUGAUGGUUGGGAAGAAAGGAGGACAGCCUCUGGAAGAAUUCAGUAUUUAAAUCAUAUUACACGAACAACACAGUGGGAGCGACCAACACGGCCAGCAUCAGAAUAUUCCAGUCCAGGUCGACCUCUGAGUUGCUUUGUGGAUGAGAACACACCCCUUACAGUUAUAAAUGGUGCAACAUGUGGACAGACAUCUGAUCCCAGGCUAGUGGAGAGAAGAGUGAGGUCUCAGAGACACAGGAAUUACAUGAGCAGGACCCAUCUACAUACUCCUCCAGAUUUACCUGAAGGAUAUGAGCAAAGGACAACGCAGCAAGGGCAGGUGUAUUUCCUACAUACUCAGACUGGUGUAAGCACAUGGCAUGAUCCCCGCGUACCUAGGGAUCUUAGCAACAUCAAUUGCGAAGAGCUUGGUCCUUUGCCUCCUGGAUGGGAGAUCCGAAAUACAGCAACAGGCAGAGUUUAUUUUGUUGACCAUAACAACAGAACGACACAGUUUACAGAUCCACGGCUAUCAGCUAACUUGCACCUGGUUCUAAACCGUCAGAACCAACUUAAAGAUCAACAGCAGCAGCAGCAGCAGCAGGUAGUAUCGCUGUGCCAGCUGCCAGAUGAGGCUGAAUGUCUGACUGUGCCAAGGUACAAGCGGGACCUAGUGCAAAAACUCAAGAUCCUGAGACAAGAGCUAUCCCAGCAGCAGCCCCAAGCUGGACACUGUCGCAUAGAAGUCUCCAGGGAAGAAAUUUUUGAGGAGUCUUACAGGCAAGUCAUGAAGAUGAGGCCUAAAGACCUGUGGAAGAGAUUAAUGAUAAAAUUUCGUGGGGAAGAAGGCCUUGAUUAUGGAGGAGUUGCCAGGGAAUGGCUGUAUUUGCUAUCCCAUGAAAUGCUGAAUCCGUAUUAUGGCCUCUUCCAGUAUUCACGUGAUGACAUUUAUACGCUACAGAUAAACCCAGAUUCUGCUGUUAAUCCGGAACACUUAUCCUACUUCCACUUUGUCGGACGGAUCAUGGGAAUGGCUGUGUUUCAUGGACAUUACAUUGAUGGGGGCUUCACAUUGCCUUUUUAUAAGCAGUUACUAGGAAAGCCAAUUACGUUGGACGACAUGGAAUUAGUUGACCCAGAUCUUCACAACAGCUUAGUAUGGAUACUUGAGAAUGAUAUUACAGGAGUCUUGGACCAUACGUUUUGUGUGGAACAUAAUGCAUAUGGUGAAAUUAUACAACAUGAACUGAAACCCAAUGGCAAAAGCAUUCCUGUUACAGAGGAGAAUAAAAAGGAAUAUGUCAGGCUUUAUGUAAACUGGCGAUUUUUACGAGGGAUUGAAGCUCAGUUUUUGGCUCUGCAGAAGGGAUUUAAUGAAGUAAUUCCACAACAUCUGCUGAAGACAUUUGAUGAGAAGGAGUUAGAGCUCAUCAUUUGUGGCCUUGGGAAGAUAGACGUUAAUGACUGGAAGGCCAACACAAGGUUGAAGCACUGCACACCAGACAGCAACAUUGUAAAGUGGUUCUGGAAAGCCGUGGAGCUCUUUGAUGAAGAGAGGAGAGCCCGUUUGCUGCAGUUCGUGACUGGGUCGUCCAGGGUGCCUCUGCAGGGUUUCAAAGCAUUGCAAGGUGCUGCUGGCCCAAGACUAUUUACAAUUCACCAGAUAGAUGCUAGCACAAAUAACCUGCCAAAAGCCCACACAUGCUUCAAUCGAAUAGACAUUCCUCCUUAUGAAAGCUACGAGAAGCUCUAUGAAAAGCUGCUAACCGCCAUUGAAGAAACAUGUGGGUUUGCUGUGGAAUGAACAUUUGCAGACUUACCUGGGACUAUAUUUAUACUCCUGUCAAGCAGAAAAUCCUCCCCUCAGCCAUGAUACAGUAAAUGCUUGAAAUAUAGGAAACUUUCUCCCCAUUUUUCUACUUUAGGACAAUAUGAGGGAAAGGACCGUUUUUGGAUUUUUUCAUUUAAGAAAAUCUGUGGCUCCUGCCAAGGAAUCAUUCAGCUGCUAUUAAAAACUAGUAUCUUGAACAUACAGAAUGCUGACUUUUCCUUCAUUUCAACAGUUAAGCAGUAUUCUUCUCUUAGAAAGACGACUACUAUUUUUGUAAAAGGUGAUCUGAUCUAUUUGCUUACCUGAUUUCUAUUCUUACAGGUCGAAGACACAGCUGUCAGUACAAGUCACGUUCCAGCCUACUUGCAUAAACAUGUGAUACUGAACAGCACCUAUACCUGCUAUUUUUUUAAAUAAAAUAUUUUGAAUAUUCUAAUUUUUGCAUAAAAUUGGCUAAAGAAAUCAUAAACCUUUUAAAUUAAGGCCACUUAACAGAUAAACUGUUUUCUUAUAGUGAAUGAUUUUAUGCUGUUAUGAAUUAAACUCCAGUGUUCUUUGUGUAAGGAUUUUUAUAUUUCUCAAGCAUGAAUUACAGGUUUUGGGUCCUGUUCUUCUCUUGUCAGAUUUCUUUAGCAGUCCUUGUCUGAAUUAACUUGCACUGCAUUUGUUACAGUACUUUGUGGUAAAUGUGGAAACCCCUUUUUAAAAACACUCUAGGCAUUUAGCAUUUUUUAAAUGAGCAUUUUUGUAAAAAGUCAAUACUUGAGUGGUUGUUGGUUUUUAAUUUGCUUUCCAUUUUAAAUGGAAUUGCUGCAUUUUUUAAACUCCUAAAUAUAUGUUGAUGAUAUCAACAGCCUUCUGCCAGGUCAUCAAUUCACCUUUUGAAACAUUCUGUGGAUGUCAUACCAACCAAAGGUUUUAUGUUCAGAUUCAAUCUCCAUUAUAUAUUGUUGCUAAAUAAUCCAGGUUAAAAAUUACCUUUAUUUUUGCUUGUGGCAUAUAGGUUUGUGUUAGCUACAACUAAGGGGGAAAUGGUGAUGCAAUGGACUCAGAAGACUGCAGAAGCUUUGCUUUUAUCAGAAAUGCAAGUGUUGUAUAAUGUGCUCUGAUAAAAUAGCUGGCUGGGACACAUCAGAAAUUAUUGUUGUAAUGAACUUAUAUGCAAAAUAGUUAAAAUACAGAGGGCAUAUUCAGAUGGAAUGGAAUGCACUGUUAAUGGCAGUCAUGUGAGGAAUCUUUUAUCAAUAACUAUGUAUAUUUGUUUUGUAGCUUGUGAGUAGCUCACCCAUGUAAGCUCUCCUUGCAAUUGUGAUUGGUUGCGGGGAAAAGUGCUGCCACUGUUGUGGCAAUCACGGUUGACUGCUUGGUGUACACUCUGGUUAAUACAGAUAUUUUACUAUAAUUUUGCGUGUACAUAUACCCAAUUCUGCAGUGGAAACAAGUAGAACUUGCAUAUGUGAACUAGUCCUUGAGAACUUUGGUCUAGUGAACUGUCAGUACGGGCUCACUAGCUCACCUUCCCAUCCAGAAACAAGGGGCAGUAAGCACUUGAAGACAUGCUUUGGUAACUCAUCAUAAGUAACGAUCUAAAACCACCACUACUUCUGUGUUAAUGAUAGAUAAUCAAGCAUGCCAAGCAGAUUGAGACCUGCUGGAAACUACCAUUGCAGGCUUGCUGAUCUUGCAUAUUUUGUCUGGCAUGGAAACUUUCCUCAAUAAACAAAUGUCUAAAACGGGAAGAAGAGAAAGUAGGGCAGAAGGUAUUCACUAGAUAGUAUGUUGCCUGUCCUGACUUGACCCAAGUGCUGGUCCUGAAGUCCAGCAGGUUGCAUGGCAACUACCUAUUUAUUACAUUGGGUAUACUGCAUCUUGAGAAGUACUCUCUGGAGAAGUGAGACUGUCGUAGUUUCAAUUUGUAGCACUAAUUAUAUAAUGAAUUCCUGAUACCCUUGCUCUUAUGUAAUAUGCUGACAUAUUGGAUUAUGAACCAAUUGCACAAAUUAAGACCGCUGUAGCAUAUCAGAUAGUGGUGAUAGAUGGUCUAUUGAUAUUGUUGAAUGCUAGAAAUAGUUUGAUGCUGUUUCUGGUAGAUCCUACUUCUAUUUCCCCAGCUCAUGGGCUGCAGCAGGGGAAAUGGAACUCUAAGCUUACUACCCCACAUGUUUGAUGGUUUAAAGUUAUGGCUGAUUUGGAGUGCAAAUCUAACCCCAGUUAGGGAAUCUGCUUUGCUGAUAUGCUGUCUGAUGUUGUGGCUUCUUUCAAAGCAGCCCUAGAUUAUCUGUUUACUUCAACUCUUCUUUCAUGUUUCAGGAAUAGCAUUGACUCAGUUUCCCUCUAUCUUUUGUGUUGAAUGAAGAGCUGGUAGAGUAUUGGUUUUCAUACCCACUAUUGCACUCUCAGUGUAAGUCCUCUAUGAAGAUUUCCAAUAGAUCCCAGCCUACUUUGUAGAAUAUUCUUCAGAUCUUUCAAAAGCUGCCAUUCUGUAGAUUGCUGUGUGGCUUCUGGGCAAAUCAGGCUUUAUACAAGGCCUGCCUUGCUGCAUGCUCUGUAUGGGGAAGGUCAGAUAUGUUCGUUCUUCUCUGAAGAAUUAUCAUUUGAUUUAAGAUAAUAGCCUUGCCCUUACUUUGUGUUAGGAUGCAUCCAUUUUGCCUCAGAUUGUACUGAAUGUUAAGAUCUCCAUCGAUGGCCUCUGCUCAUCUUGUAACAUCUUGUGCUCAUCCUUGUAUUAUCUAAUAACAAGAUUCAGCCUAGUAACCCAGGAAUGGUAAAUGAGUCCUAAAAGAGAGUAUGUUUGACAAACCUCAAUGAACAGUUCUUUUUAAAAGGUUUGGGAAAAUUGAAUCCAGUCUGAUACCAAAACUUAAGAGUAACUUCAUUGUCAUUCUGCUUUAAAUACUUUGUGUCCAGAGAUCCUUCUAUCAUUAUAGGGCUAACUUUGUGAAAUGUAAUUCUCACAAUUAGGCAAAAUGAAAGCAUUUCUGCAUAUUGCUGUGACCUACACUGAGCAGACUGAUGCAAAUUGAAUAUUGCAUCUUCUGAGUGCCUUUUUAUCAGCAUAAUCAUUAAAAGCUUUAAAACACACAAUUUGCCAGGAGCUUCUCUGGACCCAUCAGCUGUAGUUUCAUAGCCGCUUUUCCCAGCGCUAAGCCCAAUAUUGUGUUGGACCUCUGAAUUUUCACCCCAGAUUUAAAUGUGAAUAUUUAUUUCCAACAUGUCCUCUUUCCUACAUGGUUCUUUCAUCCAUCCUGAAUUUGCAUUAAAUGAUUAAGAGAGAUGCCACCUCACAGUUCCACGCUUUUCUUUUCAUUAAUGAAUGUGUUAAUAUGGAUAGUGACUCUUUGGUAGGGUUCAAAUAUACAUUACUCAGUUGCGUUUCAGAUUUAAUUUCUAGAUGUAAAGUUUUGUAAUGGUGCUUUGUACAGUAUGUAUUCUAUUUUUUGCACAUAGGUUCAGUUUCCCUAAAGUAUUUUUUAUUUUUAUCAAAAUUUUGUGUUGUGCUAGUGUCCAGAGCACACAGGAUUUUUGUUGUUCUUCUUCUUCUUCCACAACACUACAUCUGUCAAACCUAAGGUGCAUUUAAACUGGCUGCAUUAAUGGAAGUAUGAGCUUUGCUUCUAUAUCAUCCAUCAUAAUGUAGCAUGAUCCUGUUGCUUCUGACUUUAAACUGCACCAUAUAGUUAACAGGUGCAAUUUGUACUUAACACACUCUCUUUAUUAGUAGACUUCUGACUGCCAAAUUCUUAAAACUUUGUAGCUAAAACUAGUCUAUAUUUGGUAUCAGUUUUUCCUCUUCCACAGACUGACAGGUUUUUUAGUUGCAUUUCUAUUGUAUUUAUUGCAGAGUGUGUGUUUUUGCAUUGAUAUUCAUUGUUAUUUUCACCAAGCUGUUACAUGAGCUUUACAAUACAUCUGUAUAAAAUGUUUUUUUUAAAAGUAUGUACCCAUGCAGAAGUUGAGCAAUAAAAUUGUAUGCUGUUUGCACUGUCACAGCAUCAAUGGUUU